GUGUGGACGUCGGCGCACGCAGAGACGGAAGAGGCGCGGGCCGGGAAAGGAGCUGUCUGGACGCUGCGGCGCCUCGGUCCCCAUGGCGCUGUGGCGCGGCUCUGCGUACGCCGGCUUCCUGGCGCUGGCGGUGGGCUGUGUCCUCCUGCUGGAGCCGCAGCUGCCCGGCUCGGCGCUGCGCUCGCUGUGGAGCUCACUACAGCUGGCGCCCGCGCCCCCGGGACCCGGCUCCCCUGAGGGCCGCUUGGCGGCCGCCUGGGACGCGCUCAUUGUACGGCCGGCCCGGCGUUGGCGCCGCGUGGCCGUGGGAGUCAAUGCCUGUGUGGAUGUAGUGCUCUCAGGAGUGAAGCUCUUGGAGGCGCUUGGUCUGAGUCCUGGGAAUGGGAAAGAUCACACCAUUCUGCAUUCAAGGAAUGAUCUGGAAGAAGCUUUCAUUCAUUUCAUGGGGAAGGGAGUGGCAGCUGAACGCUUCUUCAGUGAUAAGGAAGCUUUCCAUGACAUUGCCCAAAUUGCAUCAGAGCUCCCAGGAGCCCAGCACUAUGUAGGAGGAAAUGCAGCUUUAAUUGGACAGAAAUUUGCAGCCAACUCAGAUUUAAAGGUUCUUCUUUGCGGUCCAGUUGGCCCAAAGCUACAUGAACUUCUUGAUGAUAAUGUAUUUGUUCCACCAGAGUCAUUGCAGGAAGUGGAUGAGUUCCACCUUAUUUUAGAGUAUCAAGCAGGGGAGGAGUGGGGCCGGUUAAAAGCUCCCCAUGCCAACCGCUUCAUCUUCUCCCACGACCUUUCCAACGGGGCCAUGAAUAUGCUGGAGGUGUUUGUGUCUAGCCUGGAGGAGUUUCAGCCAGACCUGGUGGUCCUCUCUGGAUUGCACAUGAUGGAGGGACAAAGCAAGGAGCUCCAGAGGAAGAGGCUCUUGGAGGUUGUGACCUCCAUUUCUGACAUCCCCACUGGUAUUCCAGUUCACCUAGAGCUGGCCAGUAUGACCAACAGGGAGCUCAUGAGGAGCAUUGUGCAUCAGGUCUUCCCCGCGGUGACUUCCCUUGGGCUGAACGAACAGGAGCUGUUAUUUCUCAGCCAGGCGGCAUCUGGACCUCACUCGUCCCUCUCUUCCUGGAAUGGUGUCCCUGAUGUGGGUAUGGUCAGCGACAUCCUCUUUUGGAUCUUGAAGGAACAUGGGAGGAGUAAAAGCAGAGCCUCAGACCUCACCAGGAUCCAUUUCCACACGCUGGUCUACCACAUCCUGGCAACCGUAGAUGGACACUGGGCCAACCAGCUGGCAGCUGUGGCUGCGGGAGCUCGCGUAGCCGGGACACAGGCCUGCGCGACAGAGACCAUAGAUGCCAGCCGAGUGUCCCUGAGGGCGCCCCGCGAGUUCAUGACUUCCCACUCAGAGGCCGGCUCCAGGAUCGUGAUAGACCCCAGCAGGCCGGUCGCAGAGUGGCACAGGGAGGGGGUAUCCUUCCACUUCACACCAGUACUGGUGUGUAAAGAUCCCGUUCGAACCGUGGGCCUCGGAGAUGCCAUUUCUGCCGAAGGCCUCUUCUAUUCAGAGGCCCGCCCUCACUAUUAGGGAGGUGGCUACGGGUCACUUCCCUAAGGAGAGCUAGCCGAUGUAAGAACUACAGGCAAAAUAGGAUGGAGGGUGUCAGAACAGUUUCUAGAUCUAAUUGAAAGAUAGCCAAAGAGACAACAGAUUAAACUGUAUCAGAUACAUUCCAGCCUGUUGAAGAUUUCACAAAAACAUUUCAGGUUUUAAUCAAAAUUUAGCUGUCUACUAACGAGACUGGAUUUUUGGUUUUUUAUGUUGUGUGUUACGGGGGUAAAACUUGAUUCCCAUAUUCCCAUUUUACGCAGCCUUGCCAAGUAUCUUAGGCCAGACUUUGCCCUGGAGAGCAUGUCAGCUGGAGAAAGCACUUCCCCUGUUGCCCCCCGAGGAAGCGCAUGCUCGCUCACCCGAACUCCCGGUCUCCAGUAAAGCCCAGCGUGAGGGUCCCGUGUUUUCUGGGCUCCGCGCUCCCGGGCAGGAUCUUGAUUUCCAUUCAGUGUUACAAUGAAAAUAUUUAAUGAGCACACCUUCUGAGUCUUCUGCUCUCAACCUUAAGACAGAGCCACAAAUGAGGACAAAACAGUCACUCCCGUGCAUCACAGUCACAGCAGAGGCCGGGAGCCCUGUGCAGCCUUUGCGGGGGGCCCGCGUUCGUCAUUUGUUCAGAAGCCUGGCUGACCUGCAGAGCGGCCAUGGGAGCUGCUGGGCCCUGUCUUCGUGCCCUGGCUCUGAAGGUUGUAGGCUGGCUGGUCAGAGGACCCCAGCCUGGGCCCGGUCCCCUCCCCCAGCUCUGGACACACUUUCCACAGUGGAGGACUGAUCUUUGUUCGUUCGGAUCCUUGAAGGAAUUUGCUUUUACAACUGGAAUAUGCUUGUGUGUAACAGAUCAUGUUUGUUUUACAUCGACGCACCACAUCCAUUAAAAAGUUUUACCUCAUAAGAGCCCCAAGAUCAUGAAUAAAUCUGUCAUGUAUUUAUUUUUUUAUAAAUCAAGGAGACUUCUGUGUGCUUUUAAAUAUAUUAAAAAUAAUUUACAUUUCAGGAA